CCGGAGCAGGCAGCACCGACCUGCCACAGCGCCGCGCGCAGCCGGAGCAAUGACCUUAACGAAAGAGAGCUUCCACAGGGUUCCUCCACCUGCUUCUGAAGUGGCCAAGGCUGAUAUGGACUGCACCGGAGAGAAGGAGGAGGCUCUGGGGCAGUCAGUGCUGAGGACUGGAGCAGUGGUGCCUGGGAAGCGAGCGGUGGGAAGGCUGGUCAUGCACAGCAUGGUGAUGUUUGGCCGGGAGUUCUGCUAUGCCGUGGAGGCCGCCUUUGUCACGCCGGUGCUGCUCAGUGUAGGGCUGCCCAAGAACCUCUACAGCCUGGUGUGGCUCAUCAGCCCUAUCCUGGGCUUCGUGCUGCAGCCCGUGGUAGGUUCAGCCAGUGAUCACUGCACCUGUAGCUGGGGCAGGAGGCGACCUUACAUUCUGGGUCUAGGCAUCAUAAUGCUGGUAGGCAUGGCUUUGUACCUCAAUGGGGACGUGAUGAUCUCAGCUUUCAUCGAUGAGAAUGAAAAGCGGCGGACGUGGGCAAUAGUCAUUACCAUGCUGGGAGUAGUGCUUUUUGAUUUUGCAGCUGAUUUUAUUGAUUGCCCCAUCAAAGCGUAUUUAUUUGAUGUCUGCUGUCAUCAGGAUAAAGAGAAGGGUCUGCAUUACCACGCCCUCUUUACAGGUUUGGGAGGAGCCCUGGGUUACCUGACAGGUGCUAUGGAUUGGGGUCAGACUGUACUAGGAUAUUCCUUGGCAUCAGAAUUCCAAGUGAUUUUCCUCUUCGCAGCCUUGGUUUUCAUAAUCUGCCUUACCAUGCAUCUGUGCAGUAUUCCUGAAGUCCCACUCAGAUACAAAAAUGAAGAGGCAAAGUUCUUGUUGGAAGUGACUGAACCCCAUAAAUAUAACUCCACAGAGGAGGAAAUCAAGAAUGGUUACUUAAAAUCAACAUGCACUGAAAUAAAGGCUGCAGCUAAACCAGGGAAAUGCACAGUUGUGUCACAGGAUCAAAGGCAGAUGACCCUUAAAUCACUCUUGAAGACACUUUUAAGCAUGCCAUCCCACUAUCGCUGUCUGUGUGUGAGCCACCUCUUUGGAUGGAUGGCUUUCCUGUCCAACAUGCUCUUCUUCACGGAUUUCAUGGGACAGGUUGUAUACCAGGGUAAUCCUUAUGCACCUCACAACUCCACACUUUACCUUACCUACAAAGCAGGAGUAGAGAUGGGAUGCUGGGGACUGUGCAUCAAUGCAAUUUCUUCAUCAGUCUAUUCUUACGUGCAGAAAGUUCUUCUGCCAUACAUAGGAUUAAAAGGACUUUAUUUCAUCGGAUACCUCCUUUUUGGACUGGGUACUGGAUUAAUUGGCUUGUUUCCCAAUGUCUAUUCCACUCUGGCUCUGUGUUCACUCUUUGGAGUCAUGUCCAGCACACUGUACACAGUGCCAUUCCACCUCAUUGCAGAGUACCACAGGGAAGAAGAGAGCCUGAAGCUGCAGGAUGGGGAACAAGCAGGAGAGCACGGACGAGGGAAGGGCAUUGACUGUGCUGCUCUCACUUGCAUGGUCCAGCUUGCCCAGAUCAUCCUUGGUGUGGGCCUGGGGCUCUUGGUUAGUGUUGCUGGCAGCGCCGUCACUGUGAUUUCAGCGUCCACGGUGUCUCUGGUCGGCUGCUGCUUCGUUGCUUUCUGUGUUCGUUAUGUGGAGUAGGACUGUGAGAAGUGACUGGAAGAAAUCUCCCCAGGGGAGUGUUUUCUUUCUGGGUCCGGAGCACUGGUGCUGUUGCUGUGCUGAUACUGCUGGCACAUCCUCCUUUCUUACCUCCUUGGAUCGGUUGCAAUUCCAGAGCUUUAUGAAAUAGAGACUUGAUAAAACUGGUUGCCUAACACCUCAGAUGCGUACACACACCCAGUGUAUUCACAUGCUGUGACAUGUGACAGCGUGUCUGCCAGUGGUAUUUUGAUGACCUACAUGAGGAGUCAUUACAAAACUGCUCAUUACCAGUUUGUGGAAGUUAAUAGAUGAAGUAUGUUAUAAAUUGAAGUAAUGUAAAAGGACAGAGCUGGGAAGAAAGUUAUUAUUUAUCUUGUUUUUCAGGUAUUUUAAGUUUGGGGCUGUUCCCUCCUGUAGUCAAAACCUGCAAGAGGAUCAAGCAGGUGUCGAAGGGCAAGCAGGGUGCAUCUAUGUUAUGAUUAGUAGUACUGCUAAAGGAGAUCAGUUAAUUAUCAGCCAUGGUUAAAAGCAGGUUUGGGUGUGAAAAAUGUUUGGAAUAUCAAAAAGAUUGAAGCCAAUUUUUUAAAAACAUAAUUGUAAAGUAAUUAUUAAGUACUGGAUCCUGCUGCUUCUGUAUAAAUGACAUGGAACUACUAGCUAGGCUUAUCAGGAAAGUCUGCCUAAGUCUGUUCUGCAAGUCCAUGUGUAGGCACCUAAAAAAUCUGCCUAUGGGGAACAGCUGCCAUUUCUUCCUUUUUUAAAAACUGGCCUCUCAAUUUUGAUACUGUAAUUGAAAAAAUAAACUUUUUAAAAACUGGCCUCUCAAUUUUGAAAAAUUGAGAAAUUAAAAAAAUAAAUAAUUGAAAAAAUAAACUUGGCUAAAGUAAGAAUUUGAUGAAUGGUUGAAAGCCACUUAAACCUUGACAUUGGAUAUGAGAAGUAUUUACCUUAAAGUAGCAUCUCUAUUUUCUCUAUUUUCUUCAUGCAUCUAGCUGUGAGUGAAAUGGCAUUUGCUCUUUACAGAAUAUUGUAAAUAAAUUCAGUUCUGCAAAGCACUAUCAGGAAUUACUGUACAGUAAAUACGUAAGCCCAGUUGUUUGUAUUUAAUUGCUUAUGAAGCUUCAUUCUUAUUUUUAUAAUAUUGCCAGAGUUUUGGAAAUCCUGUAUUUGUGAAAGUUAUAUACUGUAUUUAUGCUGUGCUUCCUCUGUCCUGAAAAUGGUCAUAUCCACUCACUAUGUUAUAUGUUAAGCCACAUGAAGAGAUCUGCUAAUGCAAUAUUGUUAAUGAACACUGAGAGACUACUGCCAAAUAUGGUGUUUAUCAUUGGUUGUGGGUUUUUUCUUUUUUUUUUUUAAUGUUGCACAUGUGUAAUCAACACUGUUCAGUCAAAUGCAGUGUUGAGCUGAUCAAGUCUUAGAAGCUCUGCAAGAUAUGAACUUACAACACCAGAAAUAAAUGGUUAGAUUUGAGCAUCAAGUGCUUCCAGAGGUGCAUCAACUUCAUCAUUUUUCUAUGUUUUCAAGAGUAGAGUGAGUCAUUUAUUCUCAGGAAAACCAGUCUUCCCCUAGUUAAAUUCUUAUUAAUUAUAACAAGCCUAUGGAAGCCUCAGCUACAUUUUCUUGUUGAUCACUGAAAGUGUCCCCUACAGUGUCCCCACUGUAGGCCCAAAAAGAGGGUCAGUGCAUGGCAAAUCUCACUACCAAAAUCUUCAUCCUGCCUUAGGAAGAAAUUACGUUUUACAGUUUCUUUUGUUUUGUGGCUUUUCAUGUCACACCCAUGGAAGAGAAAAGACUGAGGAAGACUGAGUCCCUGAACUGUGCUUGAAACACUUUGUGGGUGCUGAGAUGGCUGGAGCACAAGCGUCUCGAUGAGGACAAUGAGGAGAAAGCCAGAAAAUGAAGUAUCGUUGUCUUCUCCAUUCGCUUUAUGCCAUCGUUAGCUCACUAACUUCCAUUAACUCAGUAUCUCCUGGGAGGAAAAAUAUUUAUGAGAAAAAUGAGGCUUCUAUGGAGCCAUAAAAAUAUAGGUGAUCUGGUUUUAUAGGGCAGCACCAUGUAAAACUGUGCUCCAGGAGCUGAGGUCAUAAAGCUCUGAUUCUACUGUGAGGCUGGGAAAGAAAUUUUGCAAUGUUUACCUAUGUCUUUGUCAAUAUUUUCUUUGAGUUUUAAUGCCAUCAGAACAUUAACAUUUAAAUGGUCAGUGUUAUCUCUGCUCUGUUGCACAAAGAGAAUGCUGGCAUUGAUUCAGGCCCACAAAGUGACUGUAGAUCUCUAGCAAUGUAAGAAAGGUUGUGAGCCUGCAGACAGAAGAGAGAGGUGCCCAUAAUGUAUAUCAAUGCUUUUAUUUAUAAAUGUAUUUAGAGAAAACUGUUUCAGGAAUUCAUAUUGUCAUCUUUUUUAAGAUCUUUCCCUUUAAAAAAAUCCACUGCAUGCUACAGAAGACAGAAUAGAUUAGAGUCAGCUUUUCUUUGGAAGUCUCUUCAUAAAAAUGCCCUAUAUUGCUUCUAAGACUUCAAAAUAAUAUCUUUCUUUAUGAAUAUUUGUCAAAAAUAGCAAGCAGACAAAAAAUAUGUACAAUUUGGAAAACAGUGCUCAAACAAAAAAAGAAUUAUGAUGGUGCUCAUUCUGAAGUUGAAUUUCAAGUGUUAAUGAAAACAAUAUAAAAUGCUAGUAAUUCAUAAAAGGGGAUAUAAUAAGUAUUUCUUUUAGCAAUAGAAAUGUUACUAAUAUAUGUUACCAAUAUAAUACAUUACCAGUAAAUGAAAGGGGAUAAAAUAACUAUUUAUUUCAGCAAUAGAAAUGCUAAAAUGUUAAAAUAUUAAAGGUAUUGAAGAAUUGUGCCGUGUGCUACUAAUUGAAGAAGUUCUACCUUUUCUGUGCUUUUACAUUAGUUCUGGACUUGAGCUAUCAAUAUGAUCAUUUAUUGUACUUAAUAUCGACUUUUGUUGCAAUGAUGUGAGUAUAAAGUUGCAAGUACCCUGUGUCCGGUCUUCCCCAUCUGGUUUU